AUGAACAAUUUCGAAAAAGGAAAGGAACUAGAAGACAAAUCUGCCGAUAGAUUGGAUGCUGUAGGCGUCAAAAAUAAUAAAAAUAGUGGAGAUGGAAUUGAUAUCUCUGGAGAGGCUGCAAGUAACGAAUUUGCAAUCCAAUGCAAGAAUUGGGCCAAUAAAAUUGGUCAUAACGUUGUAGAUGAGCUUGCAGGGGUGCUCUCUAAACGUGAAAACCGUGAUAAAAUUGGUAUUGUGGUGGCGCCCUCUGGAUAUCAAAGAAAGCCGGACUGGAGCAAGGCAUAA